AGAUAUUGUGCGAGAUCUCCGAGGAGGAGUAGCGUAGUAAGAGUUCUCGGAACGGGAAGUUUAACAACGUGUGUUGAUAAAAUCCAUUGAAGCUGCUCGUGUUUCGCUUAUCUGGGCUUUUCGGACAAAAACGGUUGUGAAGAUGUUUGGCGUAGCCAAAUUUUGGAUUUGGCCAUUGCUGGUUGGGACCAUACUGCAGUACGCCUACGCCGCGGACUACUGUGACCCCAGCAUCUGUUUCGGUGGGGAAGCCAAUAUCGGAUGCAACAACGACCGCAAGCUAAGCAAGACCUGUCCGAAGGAUGCCAAAAUCAUCGAAAUGACCGACGAACUGAAGAAGCUAAUUCUCGACACACACAACAACUACCGCAGCACAUUGGCCACCGGUGGAGUAAAAUGGUUGCCCAAGGCUUCCGCCAUGCCUACAUUGACCUGGGACGACGACCUAGCGGACACGGCACAGAUGAAUGCGAACCGUUGCAAUCGAGGCCAUGACAAGUGCCACAAUACCCAGGACUAUUUGAACUCUGGCCAGAAUCUGAACUACAUCGCCACCAGUGCCGAUACGAUCGACGUUAAGGAUCAGGUCCCGAAACUGAUCAGCAGCUGGUGGGACGAACGCCACGACGUCAACAAGAACAUGGUCAACACGAUGUACAACCCGGGCAAGAGCGUGAUGGUGUUCCACUUUGCCGUCAUCGCAAGCGACAAGGUCAACAAAGUCGGAUGCGGUUUGGCUCAGUGGACCAUCGAGAACGGUUGGCUGCAGCUGUACCUGGUCUGCAAUUACUCGUUCAACGACUUCAUUGGCAUUCCAAUCUACGUCAAGGGCGAACCUUGCUCCAAGUGUCAGAAGGGUUGCAAUGCCAAGUAUGCCGGUUUGUGUAACGAGGAUGAAGAGGUGCCGCAGUUGAUCGACUAUCCAGCGCCACAGGCAUAAGCGAGGGAAGCAUGUCACCAGAACAGCAUUGUAGCAUUUGAAUAUUUUGUAGUUGUCAGCAGACCGAACAAACAAAAUCACUGACCCGACGCGUGUUAUUAUUAAGUAGAAAAUAUAGAGUUUGGUGAUAGGGAA